AUGUGGAGAUGUUUUAUGAUAAUAAUACUUUUAACGAUUAGUUAAAAUUGUUCUAUUCAAAAAUUUAAAUAUUGUUAGAAAUAAAUUAAAUUAAAAGCAUUAAUAAGAGGCAAUUACAAAAAUGUGAUAAGAUUUGAUGAAGGUCCUUUGUUGGCAAGUCGAAAAUAAAAUUUAUUUUUAGGGGUUGGUAGAUUAAUAGGAAUACUCUUUAGAAAUGAAAUUUACGAAAUUUAUUCGAAUUAUAGAGGAACUUAUUGCCAAAUAGGCCAAUCAAUUGUUAUUGAAUUAAUAUAGGUCUUUGAAUUGAAUACAUUAUUAAUUAUGUUGAGGAAUGGUGACAUUCGUACCUAUGAUUUCAUAAUUUAUGCAUCAGAUUCUAAUAAAGAAACUGUAAUAUUUGAUUCAGUCAUCUAUUAUAUUGAAGUUGCCAAAAUCAAAUUUCCUAACCAAUUAGUCAAAUAUUUCAGAAUUUUUAAUAGGAAUGGGAAUUCAGAAGCCCCUUUCCUUCAUAUAAUCAAAGCUGAAGCUUAUUUUUAACUUUGA